GAGAGGUUCGUUGAUCGCUGGAAACCUCUUUCCGGAUAACCCCUUCGUAUAAAGAGGUGCAAAGGUCCCCAAUCGAGUAGUCCUUCCGUGUGACCUUUUGUUUCCCACUCGUCCUAACACUCCUCAGCUUCGUUGUCCACUGAACCCAUUCUUGCUCUCCCUCAAAUAAAAAAUGGCAGACUAUUCUAACCUCCCGGACUUCGACUCGCUUCCCAAAGUCGAGGGCAUGCCGCAGGGCUGUGCCUGGGGAAUCUUCGACAAGGAUGGCAAGAAGGACCACCUUGGCUGCAUAAACCUCCUGACCCCGACGGUCGUCCAAGAGGCCUUCAAGGAAGCGCGCGACGGCGUCUCCGUCUCCCUCAACUGGCCCAUCGGCGCCAUCAACAAGCCGGGCUUCCAAAGAAAAGGCUUGGAACACAAGGUCUUCUCCUUCAAGGAAGGGCCCUUUGACCUCCACGGCUUCGACGACGAGGUCGAGUUCAACACGCAGUGCUCCUCCCAGUGGGACAGCUUGGUACACUACAGCCAUCAACCCAGCGGCUGCGGCUACAAUGGCGCCAAACCGGCCCGCGAGCAGCUGAUCCAGACCUUCGGCAACGUCGACCUGGACAAGACCCUCCCCACGUUAAAUCACUGGCACGACCGUGGCGGGCUGGUGGGACGGGGUGUCCUCCUCGACUACCGCGCCUACGCCGAAGCCAAGGGCAUCAAGUACGACUGCUUUGACUCGCACGCCAUCUCGGUGCAGGAUCUCGAGGCCGUGGCCGCGCACCAGGGCACGAAGUUCAAGCACGGCGACAUCCUGAUCGUCCGCUCCGGAUUCACCGAGGACCUUGGAGCAGCCGGUGCCGAAGAGCAAGAACGCAUGCUGGGCACGCACAAGGCCGUGGGCGUCAAAGGGUGCAAGGAGACGGCCAAGUGGGUGUGGAAUCACCACUUCGCGGCCGUUGCGGGAGACGCGAUCGCGUUUGAGGUGCUUCCUCCCUCGAUCGAGGAGGACGGCGGCCGGCCAGGCACGAUUGCAGAGCUUGUUCUCCACCAGUACUUCCUCUCCCUCUUCGGCCUCAACAUCGGCGAGCUCUGGGACCUCAAGGCCCUCGGCGAACAUUGCAAGAAAGUCGGCCGCUACGAGUUCCUCUUGACCAGCGUGCCCCUGAACGUGCCCGGCGGAGUCGGAAGCCCACCGAACGCUCUCGCGAUCUUCUAGGCCAAUGAUCACACAGCAAAUACGGAGAAGGAGGCGUAGGUAGAAGAGGAGGGAUGUGAGGCGAAGAAGCAGGACAUACGAAAGGGAUGGGAGGGGGAGAGGGCAGGGAAGAGAAAACGAAACGUGGACGGCCGAGUCGCCCGGAGGUCGGGGAGGAAAGCAAGGCUGAUGUGAUGAUAUUCCUGGCUUGAGAAGAGGAGAGGACAGGCGAGAAGGAAGGAGUUUGCGCAUCUCCUGGUACAGAGUUCAUCAGAUGCUCCGUGUUUACCUACACAUGUACCUGCUGGACGCAGCUCCAGAUACUGCAAGUGACUGCUGCGAAUGGCUCCUUGAGUCCACCACUCCUUCUCUUUACUGCUACGGAGGCUCUACCAGAACUUUGAUCCCAG